AUGUCCGACUUCGGAAACAACCAGCAGGGCGGCAACGUCCAGGGCGGGCAGCAGGGCGGCGAGAAGGCCGACUGGCUCGACAAGGGUAUCGAGGCUGCUGGGGACAAGGCGGGCGUGAACAUCAGCCAGAAGAACGCGGACACUGCGGGCGACUUCGCGAACAAGGAAGUCAAGCAGAAGGAGGGCUUCAACCUUCCCGGUGUCAACUAA